CGGUGUCCUGGCCUAAACAUCAAAUGAGAUGCAGAGUUUUGCAACCGAGAAAGCCAGGAAUGUGGAGUUUAAUAUCGUCUGGUUUCGUGUAGACUAUAAAGCUAUUCAAAGUGAAGGAUAAUAAAUACUCGUUUAUAAAUCAUGGCUAUUGCUCGUCCACCCGGAAUGGAGUUUGAUUACAAUUGGCCAGAGAGUACAGAGUGUUUGACUUUAGAUUUCGGACCUUUUGAAACUGUCCACCGAUGGAAACGGAUGCCAGAGUGUGACGAAUUUGUGGGGGCGCGGAGAAGUAAACAUACUGUUGUGGCAUACAAAGAAGCUUUAUAUGUUUUUGGUGGUGACAAUGGGAAAAACAUGUUAAACGAUCUCUUGCGAUUUGAUGUGAAAGAUAAGUCUUGGGGAAGAGCAUUUACAACCGGUAAACCACCAGCACCUAGAUACCACCAUUCAGCUGUUGUGCAUGAAAGUAGCAUGUUUGUCUUUGGUGGCUACACUGGAGAUAUUCACUCCAACUGUAACUUGACCAACAAGAAUGAUCUGUUUGAAUACAAGUUCCACACUGGCCAAUGGGUGGAGUGGAAGUUUGAGGCCAGAGAUGAUAUACGAGACAGUUGCCAGCCAAAGGGAAACUUUUGUCGUGUGAUGGGACGACCCAUUCGAACCCCAGUCGCAAGAGCAGCCCAUGGUGCAGCAGUAUAUGAUGGGAAACUUUGGAUCUUUGCAGGAUAUGAUGGCAAUGCACGGCUGAAUGACAUGUGGGUUAUAUCACUCAUUGGAGAAAAUAAGUACUGGGAAGAGGUAAACCAGAGUGGUGAUAUUCCACCAACCUGUUGCAACUUUGCCCUUGCUGUGGCCCGUGACUGCAUGUAUGUUUUCUCUGGUCAGAGUGGUGCUAAAAUCACAAACAACCUUUUCCAGUUCAACUUUCAAGAGAAUCAGUGGACACGAAUAUCGACAGAGCACAUUUUACGAGGUGCCCCACCCCCACCUGAGAAACGCUAUGGUCACACAAUGGUGUCCUUUGACCGCCACCUUUAUGUUUUUGGGGGAGCCACUGGACAAACACUGCCAAACGAGCUUCACUGUUUUGACCUUGACUCCCAGACUUGGUCAAUCACACAACCAUCUUCUGACAGCCAGAUUCCAGCUGGGAGGCUUUUCCAUGCGGCUGCAGUUGUAGGAGAUGCUAUGUAUAUAUUUGGAGGCACUGUUGACAACAAUGUCAGAAGUGGGGAGAUAUAUCGUUUUCAGUUCUCAAGCUAUCCCAGGUGUACAUUACAUGAAGACUAUGGGCGACUUCUUGAAAGUAAACAGUUCUGUGAUGUGGAUUUCAUUGUAGGAGAGGAACCCACUCGAAUACCUGCCCACAUAGCUCUUGUUGCUGCCAGGUCACCAUGGCUUCGAGAAAAGAUUCGCAAAGCCAAAUCACAGAAUGAAGUCAGUGAGACAGGAAACCUUGUGGUGCCCCUGCAAGACACGAAUCCACGGGCAUUUGAGAUGGUGCUGUCAUACAUCUACACAGACAGGAUUCACCCAACUAAAAAAGGUCAAGAACCAAACAGCAAUGAAGUCAUCCUCAUCAUGAUGGAUGUUUACAGGUUGUCUUUGCAAUUCCAUAUGAAGAGGCUGGAACAGCUUUGUGUUCAAUUUCUGGAAGCAUGCAUCAGCCAUCGUAGUGUGCUGGGAGCACUCCACAAUGCAGCUAAACUAAAACUAGACUUUCUCAAGGAAUAUUGCUUGCGGUUCAUUGUCAAGGAGGGAAACUACAAUCAGAUUGUGAUGAGUCGGGAGUUUGAGACAUUAGAUCAGCCACUGAUGGUGGAGAUUAUUCGUCGCAAACAGAUGCCGUCUGUUCGGAUGGCAGACCCUCAGCCUGACCCUGUGUGCACAGCAACGUUAGAAAGAGAUCUUGAAAACUUCUUGCGAAGCUCAGGAGCUGAAUUCUGUGACAUCACCCUAGUUUUGGAUGAAUGUCAGAUUCCAGCACAUGCAGCCAUUUUGGCAGCCAGGAGUUCCUACUUUGAAGCCAUGUUCCGCUCUUUUCGUCCUGAGAACAACAUGGUCAACAUCACAAUUGGCGAGAUGAUUCCCUCACCCCAAGCGUUUGAUAGUCUCCUGCGGUAUAUUUAUUAUGGAGAGGUCACGAUGCCUCCCGAAGACUCACUUUACCUGUUCCCAGCACCAUAUUUUUAUGGAUUCUCGAACAAUAGACUGCAGGCAUUUUGCAAGCACAACUUGGAGAUGAAUGUUUCCUGCCAAAAUGUUAUACAGAUUCUGGAAGCAGCAGACAAGAUCCAAGCCAUGGACAUGAAGAAGCAUGCUCUGAACAUCAUAGUUCACCACUUCCCCAAGGUUGCACGUCUCCCUCAGAUUAGGCGACUGACUCGAGAGCUCUUGCUUGACGUUCUAGAUGCUCUGGCUGAUGACAUGAGUGAGUCUCGACUGUGUCAAGACAUGUCCAGUGCUAGCCUCAGUGACCACAAUACAAGCAUUUUCUGAGAUGAUGUUUCAUUGAGCAUACUACGCUUGACAUCUUGUGCCAACAAAAAGAACGAAACAGUUUUCAUGAGCUUGGUACAAAAUGUUGAAUGAAACUUUCUUGACAUCCUGUGCUAACCAAAAAAAAAAAUUUCCAAUCGUGGUGCACAAUAUAAAGUGGUUUCCCUUCCUUGUAUGGGAACAGAUAACCCUGUAAUGUCUGGACAUCAUGAUUACUCAGAGACCAAAGAUAUUUUCAAAAUGGACAAAUGUUUUGGAGGUGGUACAUUUUGAGAGCACAAACAUUUGUGAAUUUGUGCAUGAUCUGACUUUGUGGGUGAGAAUCUGUGAAUGAACAAGGUUUGCUUGAAAUCUCAGAAAAAGUCAUCAAGUAGUUAUUUACUUCCUUUAGAGAAUAUACUCCAGGAGCCUCUAACACUUCUCAACUGUUUAAUCUAGUUCCCUGCAGGUAAGCAGGCAAAGAAACACUCAUAUCUGGUAGGCACUCGAAGGGGAUUUUAUUUCUAAAAUUAUUGCUUUGCUGAUUACAGAUGUUCAUCUUGACAGGUCUUUUUUUUUAAAAAAGUUCCUAAUGUUAGACAUCCAUCUUUUAUUUAUUUGUUUUUGUCAGCAGGGUGGUAUAGGUGUGAAUUGUUGGAAGAUGGUAACAUUUGACAUUUUAUGACGAAAAACAAUUAUUUAAAUUCAAAAUAUAGAAACAAGGACAUUGUUGACAGUCACUUCUAUGCCACUAGGCUACCCUGAUACAGUUGGAUGGUUUUUGUUCAACGUACUGUUGUGAUCUGUGAUAAGAACAUAUUAUUGCUUGUACAGCACAGUUUAAAUAAAUAAAUUGAAAAUGA